CCGCCGCGGAGCCCGGCGCCGCGCACGCCGCCCGGCCUGUGGGCGCCGGAGGGUGUCGGGUCUUCCCUCCGCUCCCGCGGCGGCCCCUCCCGCCUUCCAGUUGGAACGACGGCCGGCGCCGCCCGGCCCGUGAGCCGCGCGCAGAAUGGGGAGGUGCUGCUUCUACGCGGUGGGGACGCUGUCCCUGCUCCUGCUUGUGACCAGCGUCACGCUACUGGUGGCCCGGGUCUUCCAGAAGGCCGUGGACCAGACGAUCGAGAAGAAUAUUGUGCUAAGGAAUGGUUCUGAGACCUUUGACUCCUGGAAGCAGCCGCCUCUGCCAGUGUACACCCAGUUCUAUUUUUUCAAUGUCACCAACCCAGAGGAGAUCCUCGGAGGGGAGAUCCCUCGGCUAGAAGAAGUGGGGCCAUACACCUACAGGUCACUUGACUGGUGGACAACAGACAGGUGCAAUAUGAUUAAUGGAACAGACGGAGAUACUUUUCACCCAUUAAUAAACAAAGACGAAGUCCUUUAUGUCUUUCCAUCUGAUUUUUGCAGGUCAGUGUAUAUAACUUUCAGUGACUUUGAGAGCAUAGAGGGACUGCCCGCCUAUCGGUAUACGGUGCCUGAAGAAAUAUUAGCCAAUACCUCAGACAAUGCCGGCUUCUGUAUACCUACGGGAAACUGCCUGGGCUCAGGGGUUCUGAAUGUCAGCGUUUGCAAGAAUGGUGCACCUAUUAUUUUGUCUUUCCCACACUUCUACCAAGCAGAUGACAAGUUUGUUUCUGCCAUAGAAGGCAUGCACCCAAAUAAGGACUAUCAUGAGACGUUUGUGGACAUCAAUCCUUUGACUGGUGUUAUCCUAAGAGCAGCCAAGAGGUUCCAAAUCAACGUCUAUGUGGAAAAACUAGAUGACUUCAUCGAAACGGGAAACAUUAGAACCAUGGUUUUCCCGGUGAUGCAUGUCAAUGAGAGUGUUCUCAUUGAUAAAGAGACUGCAAGUCGACUGAAGUCCGUGGUUAACACUACUAUGAUCGUCACCAACAUACCCUACAUUGUCAUGGCGCUGGGUGUCUUCUUGGGAUUGAUCUUCACCUGGUUUGCAUGCCGAGGACAGAGAUCCGUGGAUGAGGGAACUGCAGAUGAAAGAGCACCUCUCAUACGAACCUAACCGUGGCCUGAGCUUGGUGAAGGAGCCGUGUUGUGUUAUCUUGACCUGGACCACAAUGUGGGGAGGCUGUCCAUGUCCUCACAGCCUUGUCCGUUAUGACAGGAGGGAGAUGGACCCAGAGCCGGCAAGUGAUGAGAACGUUGUGGCUGGAGGUUAUAAAGAACAGGCUGAUAUGUUGGCCAUCAGGCUUUAUAAAAAUCCUGGGAUCCCUGACAAAUUGUUUCGUUUUUCAUGUGUCUAGCAAGUAUUUAAUAAACUAUUGUACAGUAAUGUGUGUUGUUGUUGGGUGCUGGUAGCCCCAGAAUUUUGUGACCACUGUUGUGGUUAUAAUGUCUCUGCAUCACUUGUUAAUGCUACUUGGUCAGACCUUUUUUGAUAUGCUUCAUUCACCAAACUUUGUACUCAAAAUACAAAUAUUUUGUUGUAGUCCUCCAUUCGUUUCACCCAAACCCAGGAGGAAAUAAGAGUUCGGAACCCAGGGUAAAAUGGUAGCAUCAUUUAGUACACCAUUCAAAUGCAUCUAAUUUCCCCUUUUAAAGUUAUAUAUUGCAUUUCAUGCUAAUCGUCAGUUCAUAAUUCCUCCAGGAAGAUAAGUCAGUCUUCCGACCACUUUCAUACUGGAUGGGAAUCAAGUAAGGAAAGGUUUGGGGUUGGGGGAGAGGGGAGGUACCUAUGAGUUAAUAGCGAUAAGCACCUGAGGAAUUUUUACUUGUACUUUUGUGAGUCAAAAGAAUGCAUAGAUAGUGUGGGUGAGGACAAGUAUAUUUCAUAUAAAGUAGAACUAAAUGCUAGUUCUGAGAUUUGUGGGUAGUUAUUUUUUUAGUCGAAAAGAUCUUGACGUGGAAAGGUGCUCCUGGGAGAAUGUAAUCAGUAACAUUUUUCUCUGCAAUCACCCUUGUCAAAUAUGAUACUAUAUUAAUGACAAUACUAUUGCGAUUAUUUGUAAAUUAUUAAUGAAUAUAGGAAAUCCAUCCACAACCUAAGUUGCACAUAUAUUUCUGGAAGUCUGACUACACUGAAGAGACAUUUUUUUCUGGGGCCGUCAUUUUUGGUAACUUUGAAAUUGUUUUUAUAAAUUGUUCUUUCCUCAAAUUCAGUUCCUUUAAAUGUUUUGUGGCUCAUUGUCACUUACUGAAUAGAGAAAAAUGUGUCCUAUACUUCCUGUGACUAUAUUAUCUUGCUGACAGAAUGACCGUGUUUUAAAAUAUUGCACAGAAUGUGCUUUUAAGAAAGGUCCACUGGGACAAAAGUGGGGCCAUCUCUCUUCAGAAGACCUCUUGGCUUUCAGCGUAACUUAAGUCAGAGGACUGGGAACCAUCAUAUGUCAUAGAAUUCAAGCAUCUUUAAGGGCAUUUUUCUUUUUUAAUUCUCAAAAUUCAAUACUCAUUUUUGAUUGAGAAACCUAUACAGUUAUCUGGCAAAGUGCACAUAGAAUUUCUUAACAACUGAAUCAUUUUACAGGACUUUUUGUUUAAAACGGGAUUUUAAUGUAAACUAAUGAAGAGAAAAAGCCAUGGAUUUCACAAAUAUCCCUGUGUGGGGUAAUAAACCGCUUUAGUUUACUUGCCCCAAUUUUCCUUCUGUCUACACUAAAGCAAUAUGUGGUAUGCUUUUCUUCUUGAAGGGACAAUUUAUUAAACUCUCAACAUCUCUAUAAAUUAAGACAGAACCUGUAGAUACCCCAAAUCACCAAAAUGUGAAAAACUAAAUUGAAAAUAUUUGUCUUCAAUAACGUCAAAUAUCUAGGUUUUUUGAAUUGAUCAAUAUUUAGGUAAUUGGCAUAUCUUAUUAUUUUACUUAUCCACUUUUACACACUGAUAAAACUGAUAAGCCAGAGCAUCCUCAUUGGUUCAUCCUAUUAUCAGGAUAUAAUCAUCUGUGAGGAGGUAAUUUUUAAAUGAGUGAUAACAGGUAAUGAUGUACACUUUUAGACUGAAGCCCACGCAGGCAGGGAGACCAAAAGCAUAUUAUUAGCAUAUGAUUCUUAAUAGUUACUUGGCUUAAAAUCACAUUUAAUAUUUUCCUUCUGAGAAGUCUGUGGCAAACCCAUAAACUGCAGUCGAGAUUAUAGAUUCGUUAAGAAGAAUAGUUUUAGGUUGAAAAUAGCAAACUAUUUCUCAUGCUCACUCUCUGGAAGCCAUUACCCUGGAAAUGCACCCAAAGUCUGUAUGGUUGUCACAGUCACACAACUCCGAUGUCCGGUAUGUGAUACUUAACUUAGGGGAAAACCAAACAGAGCGAGGUUACUUCACUUCUCUCAGGGGGUUGAAAAUUGAGAGUUGAACACAGGACAGGAAGUGGGCUUUGCCACUUUUAGCUCCAGGCUUUCUUCCACUAGGCUUUAUUUCCUCACUAAUGAUCAAAUGGAGCAAGUACUAUACAGCUCACCCCUAUCGGGGUUUUUGCUUUUGAGAGGCUAAUUUUUAUUUAAAUUGCUGGAGAUAUGAGUUCUGCAAAAGGUGACCUUUACACUUGGCCCUCUGAGCAUUAUUACUGUAGUUAAUUGCUUGUGGCUAUUAAAGAAAACACUGACCAAAAUGCUCUUCAUGUAGCUUGUACAGUUGGUUCAUUUCAUGUGAUCCUUGACAUGUUUAUUUCUAUCCUUAAUGCAAUGAAGUAUUUCACUAAUAAAAAUACCUGUUUAUAUGAAA